AUGACUAACCCCAUCACCAACGCCGCGCUGUAUGCGCUGACGGUCUCUGCUGCGCCGACAAAGCCGGGGCCCGACGAUGCGGCGCAGAAGAGUGAGUCGGCCCUGGGGAAGCCAUAUUGCAUUGUACCAUUUGCUCACUCGUCCUGGUCGCGCAGUCGUCGCUUAACCGGAAAAGCCAACGUCCCCGAUACCACGCCGCCCACUGUCCCAGUGCGGAAACCCGAGUUUCUUCCCAGCCGCGAGACCUCGAAACUGCGCGCAACAUGGCUAGGGCACGCGUGCUACUAUGUGGAAUUCCCCAGCGGCCUUCGAGUGCUCUUUGAUCCGGUCUUCGAGGACCGCUGCUCGCCAUUCUCGUGGCUGGGUCCCAAGCGCUUCACCGAGGCACCGUGCCAGAUCAAGGAUAUCCCCGUGAUUGAUGCUGUGGUGAUCUCACACAACCACUACGAUCAUUUGUCUCAUCCCACCGUGACAGAGAUCGCCAAGAAGCAUCCCAACUGCCACUUCUUUGCCCCGCUGGGCAACCAGGCGUGGUUCCAUAGCUGUGGGAUUCGCAGUGUGACCGAGUUGGAUUGGUGGGAUGAGCGGGAUAUCACCCUGUCGCCGUCGGCGCAGAAAUCCACCCAGGUCGACGCCGCUGGCGAGGCCCAGCCCAUUGCGGCGGACAUCAAGGCGAGGAUUAGCUGCCUCCCCUGCCAGCAUAUGACCGCUCGCGGGCCCUUUGACCGAUGCAAGACCUUGUGGGCCUCUUGGGCCGUCGAAUCCGGUGGUAAGAAGGUCUAUUUUGCUGGGUAUGUCCGUGAUGAUCAACACCCGAGAGCUGUCUACUGA